GGCUUCUUCCUCCUCAGCAGCAUUACAUAAAACUCCCAAAAUCGGGCUGAAAAUAUCCCAUCUGACUCUGCUUUAGCUGAGCUCGGCGCGUUGCAACAAGUGCCGUGACGGACAAUGGAGCGUUUGGUUUUCAUUAGAUCGUCUCGACACUGACCCCCUGCCCCAGCUACAGUAAUGUGAAACCAGCCCGCUGGCAGCGCACCGAGUGGAAGAGAGCCGAGCGGAGCUGAUGCAGUCUGCGCUGCUGCCGCUACCCGGUCCGCAGGCUGGACUGCGCUGCCGCACACAGCACCAGGAGCGACGCAACUGAUCGGCGCGAUGGCCAAGGAGUAGGACCCGCGGGCAUCGAUGGUACAGCAGCGUUCGCGGAGGGGAUUAUUCGUUCUUUUCGUUCCCGGAGGUGUGAUCGCAGCCAUGGCGAGCUGUCAGGCUCCCAGAAGUUUACGAAGCGGCGGCUGGAGCUUCGCCCCGCUGCUGGCUGCCGCCGCGCUGCUCAGCCUGCUGUCCGCCGGGAUGCACCGGACCAGCGCGUUCCCCUCCUGGAGGUUAGAGGAAGAAGCUCACACCACCGUGUUGCUCAUCGGGAUCCGCAAAGAGGCCCGGUCGCAAGUGCUGAACCUGUCCAGGAACAAGCGCUACACCCUCACCCCGGAGCAGCUCAAAUGGGACAAGUUCAAGCUGACAUACAAGUUGCUCUCCUUUCCUACAAACUUGAUAAAUGCCAGCGACACACGGCGAGGCAUUGCCAAGGCUUUUGGCAUGUGGAGCGACGUCUCGCCGUUCAGCUUCAGAGAGGUGCCAGCUGACCAAGAAGCAGACAUUAAGAUUGGCUUCUACCCCGUCAACCACACAGACUGUUGGCAGUCCCACUUGCACCAUUGUUUCGACGGCAUCACGGGAGAACUGGCUCAUGCAUUCUUCCCGCCAACGGGCGAGAUCCACUUUGACGACCAUGAGUAUUGGAUUCUGGGAAACAUGCGCUUCAGCUGGAAGAAAGGGGUUUGGCUGACGGAUCUCGUCCACGUGGCAGCUCAUGAAAUUGGCCACGUCCUGGGACUCAUGCACUCCAUGGACCCGAAAGCCAUCAUGCACCUGAAUGCAACUCUGACGGGGCGCAAGCUGAUCACGCAGGACGAGGUGUGGGGUUUGCACCGCCUGUAUGGAUGUUUGGACCGGUUAUUUAUCUGUCCGGCCUGGGCUCGGAAAGGCUAUUGCGACAGCAAGCGCAAGCUGAUGCAGAAGCACUGCCCCUCCAGCUGUGAUUUCUGUUACGAAUUCCCUUUCGCCACUGCAGCUCCCACUCCGACUCCACCGAGGACCAAACAUAAGCUAGUCGUCGAGGGCAAGAAGCUCACCUUCCGCUGCGGGAAGAAAAUAGCAUCAAAGAAAGGCAAACUGGUACAAGGACGGGGAGCUGCUGGAGUUCUCUCACCCCAACUACAUCUCCUUGAAAGACGACCACAUCACUAUAGUGGCCAACGCCAUCAACGAAGGCACAUACACCUGCAUCGUGAAGAAAAAAGACAAAGUUCUCACUAACUACUCGUGGAGGGUACGUGUGCGCUUCUGAGGGCCGCGGCAGCUCCUCUGCACACUGAGCAGGACACGUUCACACAUGCGGUCAGCUGGAGACCUCAUCCACUAUGGGCACAUGUUUUUUUUAAAUGUCUUUUCCUGUAUCUUCCACAUACAGCCGUCUAUUGUUGAACGUCACCGUGUAAAUGCGUUUUCAUAUGUGCAAAUAAUAAAUGUUCCAUGACGUGUAGUAACUUUAUGGAAAGUA